AUGGAUUCACCAAUUAAUAUAGGCGAUAGUACAACCAAUAGUAUCCAGGAUAAGUUAUCCAAUACUCAUUUGGAUACUACCUUUUCAUCCCAAGUAUACAAUUCCAAUUAUUCAGGAGAAAAAUACAUCGAAUUAAUCUUAAAAAUCAAUUCUUUCCAAGUUUCCAUACUCAGACGUGUGCAAGAUAGUUAUAUCAAUCUUAAUCAAUUAUUAAGGAUAUUGGUGGAGUUAAAGAUCUUUAGUGAAGAACAAAUCGAUAAAUACAUUAAUAACGAAGUUUUGGAAAAUUUACAAUUCAAAAAUAUCGAAGGUUAUACACCAGAAUAUUUGGACUAUAGAAAAUAUAAGAAUGAAGUUAUUAGAGGUAUUUGGAUCACUUUUGAUAAAGCCAUAUACAUAAGUAAUAAAUUCGGGAUCUAUGAAAUCGUUAAGAAUUUAUUCUUGGUGAAUGUUCAUGAUUUCGAUGAGUUGAAGAAGUUAGAAGUUGAAAAGAAACGUAAAAUCAGUGAUAUUCAAGAAGAAGAUGAUGAUGAAGUAAUGGAAGAACCUGAACAAUCUGAAAGUAUCAAUAAUCCUAAUUAUCCAUAUAGUUUACCACCAUUAACAGAAGAUAAAAAUGAUAUUAAAACCAAAUUUAAUCAGUUGUUCAAGAAAUCAGAUGGUGAUAUUAAAGAGGAAAUCUUGAAAACUUUCGGUGAUGAUAAAAUUACUGAUAUUCCUUUAGAUCAAGAUGGGAAAACUGCAUUACAUUUUGCAUCUACAUUAGGAAAUUUGGAAUUAUUGAAGAAUUUAAUCAAAUUAAAAAUCAAUUCUCCUAUUAGAGGUUCAAAUAAUGGAGAGAAUCCUUUAAUUGCUUGCAUAUCAGUUACAAAUUCUAUGGAAAAGGGAAAUUUCCUUGAAAUUUUAACCCUUUUGAAAGAUAAUAUCUUCCUUUUGAACAGUAAUAAUGAUACCAUAUUACAUUAUUUAAGUAAAUCAAAACAAGAAACUUGUAAUUAUUAUUCAAAUAAAUUGAUCCAAUUCAUCAUCAAAGAUGAAAGUCAAAAUUUAUUGGAGAAAUUCUUGAAAAUGGUUAAUUUGAAAAAUUUAGAUAACGGUAAUACUGCUUUACAUAAUGCUAUCGAACAAAACAACAAAUGGAUGAUUAAUAUCUUAUUGGAAUUCAAUGCUGACUAUAAUAUCACCAACAAAGCUGGAGUCAAAGCUAUAGAUUUCGAUAUAACAAAGGAAAUCAUCAAUACAAAGAAAUUGAAUCAAUUCGAAUAUAACGAUGAUGAGUUAUAUUUGAUGGAAUUAAUUAAAACCAGUUUGGAAUUCAUGAAUAAAAAAGUUCAAAUCAUCGGAGAUUUAACCAUUGAAGAAGAUUAUCCUAUCAAGAAACCAAAGAUCAAUGUUGAAGAAGAAUCUCAAGAUUCAGUUUCAGCCUUAUUUAAUAGUAUUAAAGGGAUUUUGAAUGAUACAAAUUCCGAAUACGAAAGUAUAAUUAAUAGUAAAAGACAACAGAUCAAAUUAUUAAACCAACAAUUAUUCAAUACCACAUUGUUAACCACCAACAAUAAAUUCUUGAAUAAGAAAAUCAAUGAGAAAUUAUCAUUAUUAGAUAAUUUGAAGUUACAGAUGUCAAACAUAACGGAGAAGUUGGAAAUCUUAAAUAAUGAAUUACCUGAAGACUCUUCAGAUAGAUUUGAUGCAGAUGAACCUUUCAGAAUUGAUUUGUUAUAUAAUAAAUUGAUCAAAAAUGAAGACCCUUCAGAUGUUAAGUCAGAAAUACUACCCGAAUUACCAGAAUCUAUAAUUUUAAAAGCUAGGAUAGAUAGUUACAAACAAUUGAAUGAAAACUUAAGUAAUGAAUUGGAAAACUUACAACAUUAUGAUAAUUUAACGAAUAAGUUUAAGAAAGUGGUGAGUUUCUGUACAGGAGUAGAUAUUAAUGAAGUUGAUGAAUUGUUGGAUGGAUUAUUAGAAGCUGUUGAAGGACAACAAUAA